UUUUUUCUAAAAAUAUCAUUUAAUAAACAACUAUCCCUCAAAUGGAACAACAACAACAAAAUGGAACAACCAAAAACAUUAUUGCCCCUCAUUAUUAUGCUUAUGCUGCUUCCUCUAGCAAACCAAUUAUUUCGUCUCCAGCAACUUCAUUAUCACGUCAUUUACAUCUUCACUCUCUACCUUCUUGUCCUUCAUCACCAAGAAGUAUAGUUUCAAAAAUUAAUGAGAAUGAGAAAAGGAAGCAUUUAAAAGCUCUAAACAAUAAAAACACAAAAAUUCAAGAGGAAAAUAUUAAAGAAAACGGAAAGAAUGGAAUUAAAUGUAAUAAUACCUCCAAAAACACAAAUAUAAAAGUUCCAAAAAAUGCGAAAGAAAACCAAGAGAUUAAAGAAGCUGCGAAUUUUGUUGAAGACGAUAAUGAAGAUAUUGCUUAUUUAAAUAUACCGUUAAUUUGGCCAAUUGCUGGAUUCUCUGCAUUUUCUUUUAUAUUUUUUGUUGCGGCAUUUGCAUUUAUGGAAUUAAUUGAACAUUUGUCUUUUGAACGGUUUGCGCUAAACCAAUUAUUAUAUACUUAUGGAAAAACGCUUGGAUUUUGCAAUAACACAAUUCCAUAUGAAAGGGGAAUGUGGCCAUCAUUUUUAAGACAAGUAGAAUUGAAGGUUUUAAGUAAUGUGUGUUUCAGAGUUUCUGUUUGUGUCCCUAUGGCUGUGAGAAUUUUUGUUUCUUUUAUUAUUAGAAAUUCAUAUCGAGAUUAUCAAUUAGUGCUCAGCAAUCCUCUCAUGCAAUGGAUGAAUGAACUUAGUGCCCCUAUUGCUAUAGUUGAAAUUUUUAGUUUGGGACUAUUUUCAAUUAUCACCAUUCGUUUUGAUUAUCCAUGUAAGUUUCUUCUUUUAAUCAGACUUGGACAUGGUCACGGAUUUUUGUAUUCGUAUCCGGAUAUUAUCCGUAUUAGCGAUCGGCCUGGAUCUGAAUUCAGGCCUUGA